UCUUCAGAUUGUUAUCAAGCUGACGUCAUCCUCCAGAUUUAAUGGGCUGUUAAUAAUCUUAUAAAUAGAGUUAACUGAUCUAAUCCCAUAAUCUCAUUGUGGAUUCAACGCUCACCACGCCCACGCAGAGAAGCAUGAGCUCACACAAGAGACCUGUCCGGGCUCGGCCCGAUUCAGACAACAAUUUCUCUGUGGCCCGUGACCUGAACGCACCAGGUGUGGAAGAGGGCCCCGGUCUCCUGGCCAAGCUGAUGGAGCUUCCUGUAGCCCGUCUGUCCCGGCAGCAGCUCAAAAGGCUGGAGGAGCAUCGGUACAGCAGUGCGGGACGGUCCCUCCUGGAGCCCUUCAUGCAGGGAUUCUGGUGCUGGCUGGUGAGCAAAGUGCCUCUCUGGAUGGCGCCGAACCUCAUCACCAUAGUGGGACUCGCUACUAAUAUUAUCAGUACUCUGAUACUGGUAUACUACUGCCCUACUGCCACCGAACAGGCACCAACGUGGGCAUACUUGGCCUGUGCUUUGGGUCUGUUCAUCUAUCAAUCAUUGGAUGCCAUAGAUGGGAAGCAGGCACGAAGGACCAACAGCAGCACACCACUUGGAGAGCUCUUUGACCAUGGCUGUGACUCCCUCUCAACAGUGUUUGUGGUCCUGGGCACAUGUAUAGCAGUGCAGCUGGGUACUCACCCUGACUGGAUGUUUUUCUGUUGUUUCGUGGGCAUCUUCAUGUUUUAUUGUGCCCACUGGCAGACGUAUGUUUCUGGAACGCUGCGCUUUGGCAUAAUUGAUGUGACUGAGGUUCAAAUCUUCAUUAUAAUCAUGUACUUACUGGCUGCCAUUGGAGGAACAGCUUUUUGGCAAUCUGUGAUCCCUGUGAUAAAUAUCCAGAUUAAAAUAAUACCGGCCCUUUGCACUCUUCUGGGUGCCAUUUUCUCCUGCACAAACUAUUUCCGGGUUAUAUUUACAGGCGGAAUGGGCAAAAAUGGAUCUACUAUUGCGGGAACAAGCGUUUUGUCUCCAUCCUUCCAUAUAGGAGUGGUAAUCACACUUGCUCUAAUGAUCUAUAAGAAGUCAUCAGUGCAGCUAUUCGAGAGACAUCCCUGUCUCUACAUCUUAGCAUUUGGAUGUGUCUCAGCCAAACUCACCAACAGACUGGUGGUUGCUCAUAUGACAAAGAGUGAAAUGCAUCGUAACGACCUGGCCUUCACCGGACCAGCGCUGCUGUUUCUGAACCAGUACUUCAACAGUUUCAUCAAUGAGUACUGUCUUCUGUGGGUCGCUCUGGUGCUGUCAGCGUUCGAUCUGGUGCGGUACUGCGUGAGUGUCUGUAACCAGAUUGCCGCACACUUAAACAUCCGUGUGUUCAGCAUCCAGCCUCCGUCUCCAUCCAGAGUUCAGGCAGACAGCAGAAAUCACCACUAACCUCGCGUCCCCUCUCCCACAAACACCUCCAGUAGGUCACGCACUUCAGUGAAUGUAAAACACAGCUCACAGAGACCGAGCCCAAAUGGCUGCAGUUAUGAACUUUGUUCUCAUAAUGAAGAGCGAGGAUAUUUGAAGGACGAAAGGGAAUAUUAAAUAGAAUAUACAUCAAACGGUUAGAACGGCAUUCAGUUGUCAGUAUUUUGUUGUUAGAUGACCAAUUUUGUUUGCCAUAGAAAGAUUUGCCACAGAGGCCACAACUAUGAAUGUUUAAAAAAAAUUAUUUUACAGUUUAAACAUUUGUUUUGUUUUGUUUCUGUUCAUUUUGUUUUGUUUUGCACCAAGUAUUUUGCCCAGCAGUGUAGAAUUCAUUCCAUUAACAGACAACAAUCCAUCUGAAUGUAAUUUCGUAAUUACAGAACGCUAUAGGCGUUAACUGGAAACUUUGCAGCCGUUCACUGCAAAAUUAAAUGUCAAAAUUGAAACUUAAACGCCAGUAUCACUGUUGCCAGUACAAAGCUGUGCUGUUGUCUGAGAGGAGCAGAGAGCAUUCAGAGAGAGAGCAUCAGACCUUAUGACAAGCAAAACAGGCGCAAGAGUUUAUUUCCAUCAGUAUUUCAGAAAUUUCAGCCUCUCAUCUGAUGUCAUUCAGUAAACUGAACAGUAAACAUACAGUAUGUAUCAUUUUUCUUUCUAUGCAUUUGUUACUUUGUGUUUGUAGUGUUUUGAAGGGGAUUAUUAUUAUUUAGGUAUGCCAAUGUCACUAAAUGAUGAAUGAACUGUAUUAUAAACAGUAUUUUGAUAGUGCUGUAUUUUCCUAAUAAUAACUGGGGCCAAGAUAGACGUCUAGAAUGGUUAUAAGUGAGUUACACUGUACAUAUAUGAACCCUUAAUAACAGACAUUAAAACCUAAAAAUCAGUGUUUGUGGUCUAAAUACGUUAGUUAAUGUGAACCUGUGCUAAUUUAUUUGUGUGCCUUUUAUUUGUCACUGUCGGUAUACUCCUCUAUGCACAGUAAAAGUUGGACUCAGCGAUUUUGAUAUUUUUUAACCUCUUGUGUAAAUCAUAUUUUGUUUGUAAGCAUCAUACUCAACAAGGAUGCAAUUUCAUAUUCCUGCAUGUUGCGUUAUUAAAUUAGCAAUCUGAAAUCAGUCAUUAUAUAUAUUUUACCUUCAUGCCAAUUUGUUUUGGAGAAAACUGGAUUUUUUUGACGGAUUUAUAUUGCAAAACAAUAGACAUUAAAGCCCCGUUCACACCAAGAAUGAUAACUAUAAAGAUAAUGAUAUUAGCGUCCAC